GCCCCGCGCCCCGCAGCCCCGCCGCCAUCUUUGUUGGGGGCGACGGGCCCGGCUCCGAGAUGCCCAAGUCGUGCGCGGCCCGGCAGUGCUGCAACCGCUACAGCAACCGCAGGAAGCAGCUCACCUUCCACCGGUUCCCAUUCAGCCGGCCUGAGCUGCUGAAGGAGUGGGUGUUGAACAUCGGCCGGGCUGGCUUCAAGCCUAAGCAGCACACGGUCAUCUGCUCCGAGCACUUCAGACCCGAAUGCUUCAGUGCAUUUGGAAACCGCAAAAACCUGAAGCACAAUGCUGUGCCGACAGUGUUUGCCUUUCAGGACUCCACGCAGCCUGUGAGGGAGAACACAAACCGAGCCAGGGAGAGAGGAGAUGCCGGCUCUCAGGGAGAGAAGGCCCUGUGGCCAUCCCUGGCUGUAGCUGCUUAUGCAGGGAUUGCUCAGGGACGGAUGGUGGCAGCUGUGGUGUCUGGUGUCUCCCUGCCUCGCCAUCCUGCCUGCCGUUCCCAGGUCUGCCCUGAGGCAGGGGCCGAGGAGGACGGCCCAAGGAAGAGCAUGGACAUUGCGCUGGAAGAGCUGCAGCUGCCCCCAAACACUGAAGGCCCCCUGCAGCAGGUUUUGCCACAGGGAUCAGAAGCAGCAGAGGCUCCUGGCUGGCCAGCCAGCCCCGCUGGGCUGAAGAGGGCCCUCCCCAUGCAGGCUUCUGACCACAGCUAUGCCCUUUUGGACUUAGAUGCCCUGAAAAAAAAACUCUUCUUCACUUUGAAAGAAAACGAAAAGCUCAGAAAGCGCUUGAAGGCCCAGAGGCUGGUGAUGCAGAGGAUGUCCAGCCGCCUCCGCACACACAGAGGGGGUCAGCAGGGACCCCAGGCCAGGCCACGGCCGGAGCAGCGGAGCUGAGCUGGAAACAGCACCCAGGGCAGGCAGUGAUUUGGGGGCUCUGGUCAUGGACAGUUGGGUUUGCUGCUGAUAUUGAGGAAGGGGCCACCUGGUCUACUGAGAGGCCUCUGCCGGGGGAGCAGGGGCUGGGACGCAUGUGAGCCAGAGCCACACCUGCUGGGGCACCAAAGUGCCAGGGUGAGUCUGGUUUCUGUGCAAGCAUGGUUGGAACCCCAGCUUGAAGAACUGACCCGACAGUGUCACAGGCACUCCCAGAGGGGGGGAACCCUCUCUGCCAGUGCACCUCCUUUAGGGACAGCCUGUGGGGCCCUCCCGCCCCCAUGCAGAGAGAGCGAUGGCUGUGACCUGUGAGUGGGUCCCCUCUGUCAUCCUGGACAGUGGGCCUGACCUGAUCGGAGGCGGAAGCUGGGAGAAGUGCCUCCUUUCCACCUGGUGCUGGUGAACACCAGAAUAAAGUGUCUUUCCACAUGCA